UCGGAGCGUUUGCACGUAUAUGUCUCGAUUGUGCUGUAUAUUUAUUAAUUUAUUUUUUAUUUCAUACAACGUUUCUUUCCACCUUGAGAGCUCGGAGAGUGUUUUGGUUCGAUUUGAAUCCCGCGAUGACAGUACGGCGAAAGACGUAGCGAAUGAGAAAUCUGUUUUUCGGCGAUCGUAAAACAAUUUAGAAGAAUCAUUUAACGAAUCGUGCGUUGAUGGAAAGAAUCUUGAAGUCGUUCGUGUUCGCGAAUGCUCGUUCGUACAGGCAGAAGAAACCCUGGCCAGUGAAACGCAACUAAGUCUGAAUCAAAAGUGUGGUGAAUGUUUGCACAAGCGAUUACUGAAAUUAACAAUAUUAGAAAAAACAGCACAUGAGAACCUGGAAAAAUUGUGUGAUCGAUGAAAAUGCAAUCGAUAGACGUACGUUCGAUCUGAGAUGGAUUUGACGCAAUCGCUGUAGUCGAAGAACCAAUCGCAAACAUACAUAAUUCGUGGCGUAGUGGAACCAGCAAGUGACGUUUCCGGAACUUCCGAUAUCGGCGAAAGAAGAAAGCAAGAAUAGCAAGUGAUCUAUGCUAAAGAGUGCACAUGUGCACAAGUGUGUUUAUGUUUUGAUAUUUUUUGUCAGUCGGCAAAGUUCUUUGUGGGUCUCGGAGAAACAAAUGAAGGAGCCCGAAUAAAUGCCACAAUUAAUUUGAAUAAUCUUGAAUGAAGAAAUAGAAAUUUACAUAAUUUGUACACUCGCGGGACGCAGUAGCAGCGAAGCCGAAACAACAACAAUAGCAACAGUUUUCGUGGCAGCAUCCGCACACAGUGAACAAGUAAUGUUUGAAGAUAAAUAAGAAAACGAAAAUUCAGUAAAAAUUCCAACGCCGGUAAAACAAUCCAGAAGAGUUGGAGAGAAGAAAAGAGAAGUUAUUAGCGAAGAGUAAACAAAGCAAGAAAUGAUUGAUUGAUUCUAGCUGUACUGGAGGAUUGAAUUGUCGAUAUUCGGUAGGCAUACGCUGGACCGGAGAUUGUGACCGCAGCUCACAGGGUGUUGAGUGGAAGCCAGCAUAGGUAGAUAGAGAAAACAAGUCUCUGAUUUGAUUUCUUUGACGUGAUCAACAUUUUUUUGUGUCUUGUGAGACCGGCAGCAGAAACGCAGUUAUUGACAGCUUGGUAAAACUGAUCGGUCGAACGGGAUUUGGUAGUGGAACCGGAAAGCAAAUCAGGACAACCAACGCCACCUGACACCGGGAAGAGCAAGAUUUCAGCGGUGCUAAGGUGUGUUAUGCUAGUGAGCCAUUUUCUAUAAUACCGGAAAACUGAGCCCCAAUUUGGAGCCCUACCCCGCCAGCGUGGAAGGGCUUCACAGCCCUAGAGCGGUGGGGAUGGCCGCCACCACGUACAUAUCGCCCAGCGGCGAGCUGGACAUGGCAUUAGGCGGCGGAUACCAUACAUCUUCACCGCGGAGUGCAGCUGAUGCAAACGAGAUGAAGUAUAUGCAUCACCAUCACCAUCAGAGUCAUCACCAUGUGCCCUCCAGUCCUAGUCCAAAUCCGGCUGGAUUGGGUUCGGUGACGGGUGGCCUGGGUGGCGUCGGUGGAAACCCAUGGGCUGCCCUUCAACCUACAGAUCCAUGGGCACUGCAUUCACACCAUCCUCAUUCCCACCCGCAUGCGACAGACGUGAAGCAGGAAAUGCAUUUAUCGCAACAAAGAGCACAACAAGGCAUGGCUUCACCUCAUGCCUGGCAUGCACCCGUACAUCCCGGAACGCAUUAUGCUACCGGAGGAUCUCCAUUGCAGUACCACCAUGCCAUGAACGGUAUGCUCCAUCAUCCUGCUCAUCCUGCUCAUCACCAAAGUGCACCGCCUCUACAUCACUCGUUACGGGGUGAGUCGCCUCAGCUACAUAUACCACACCACCACCUGCAAGGCGAUCGGGAUGUGAGUGCCGGCGAAGAAGACACUCCAACAUCCGACGAUCUGGAAGCGUUCGCAAAGCAAUUCAAACAAAGACGAAUUAAGCUAGGAUUUACACAGGCCGAUGUAGGUCUAGCACUCGGUACUCUGUACGGCAACGUAUUCUCUCAAACAACGAUAUGUCGAUUCGAGGCUCUACAGUUAAGUUUUAAGAAUAUGUGCAAGCUAAAGCCACUGCUGCAAAAGUGGCUCGAAGAGGCUGACUCAACCACAGGUUCGCCAACCAGCAUCGACAAAAUCGCUGCCCAGGGUCGAAAACGGAAAAAGCGAACCAGUAUCGAGGUAUCGGUGAAGGGAGCUCUAGAACAGCAUUUCCACAAACAGCCGAAACCAUCGGCACAGGAAAUCACUUCGCUUGCCGAUUCACUCCAGCUAGAGAAGGAAGUAGUACGAGUAUGGUUCUGUAACCGACGGCAGAAAGAAAAACGGAUGACACCACCAAACACGAUGGGUGGUGACAUGAUGGAUGGAAUGCCGCCUGGCCACAUGGGUCACGGAGGACAUGGCUAUCAUCCACAUCAUGACAUGCACGGUAGUCCGAUGGGUACACACAGCCACAGCCACAGUCCGCCCAUGCUCAGCCCUCAGAGUAUGGGAGGUGGAGGGCACCAUCAGUUAACGGCCCACUAGCAAUCAGAGCACCAGGAGUCCAGCAAUAAUCAGGCGGUGUUUCAACCGAUUCACCACCCUGGAAUCCUGCAACCACAUUCCGUCGCUAUCUCCUCCUCCAACAAUGGGAAUAGCUAUAGCAUAGCAUCGACCACCACAAAUACCUCUUCACCACCGUCGUCGACGUCGUCAUCUUCUAACGCGGCCGCAGCAGCAGCGGCCGCCUCGGGAGCAUCACCAUCGUCAUCGGCGGCCGCUGCUGCCGCACAAAUGUACAUAGACCACAGGCAUCACCAGCAGCAGCAGCAGAUGCACGCUAGGCGGAUAUUUCAGGAAUGGACUCUGCAGUUCGGACCAACCGGAACAGCAACUGGUGCACGAUAUCUAAACUAACUAAACAGACAAACUGCAAACGAAAGGCAAGCCAACAUGGGGCUACGUUGGCAAUGCCCGCGGAAAGGACAUCAACAAUCCGCAACCGCGACACUUACACACGAAACCAACAAAGAAGCAAGCUAGUAAAAUGUAAUUUAAUUUGAUGCCCUCUAAAUAAAUUGUUUAACUCAAAGUUUAAACGCUAAGCAAAAAGCAAAAAAAGCAAACAAAGUGGUGACUUAAAUACAAUUGGUGAAAUCCGAUCGAAACUGUGUUUACCUGUACAUAGAAGAAUAUGAGGAGUAAUGAAUAAGGUUAAUAUAAUCAGUACCGCGUAAGGCAAACAUAGUAUGAAAAGUAGAAUUUAUAUACGAGAUAAUACAAGUAAAACAAACAACACACAACAAGAGCUAGAUAGAAAUGAAUGAAGCGAAAUUGCAAGAGCGCAAAACCAGAGAAGUUCUAGUGAUAUAUAAUGAGUAAAAAAUAUAGCAUGAAAAAAAAUACAAAUGUGAAGAUAAUUAUGGGAAAACAGAAAAUGUCACCAUCGAAAAUGAGUUCGACUGUAAGUAUUCUAUUUGACACAUUAAAAAAGUGAUCCGUAGCAGGCUGCUGAUUUGUGUUGGACGAUCGCGUUCUGUGCUAACGACGGCGGCUUGCUAAAAGUUUCGACAUUCGAUGCGUAAAAUGACUAAGAGCGUCGUAAGGUGAGUCGCUUCAUGGUUGAACGCUGGACGUUCGAAACGAUUUCAGAAAAUUGCGGCGAAAUUGCCGCGGCAAACCAUCGGGAAUAACCCGGGUUAGACUAGAGCGGUCGUAAAUUUUUGAAGUAUCGCAUUUUACCUUUCCCGUUUCGUACCUUCUUAUCUUCUUCCUCAUCAUCUCGCCGCCGCGCCGUGCUGUUAGGUGCCCAAAGUUAUUGUGCCUCGUGCGGGAAAUUUCCUGUUCAGGAAAUUCCGGUAGUAUCCUUUUAUGAGCCGAUGCCCUGACUGGCGCGGCAGGCCGAUUAGUGAUGAUUGUUUUCGCUCAUGUUGCUUUCACACCUUCUGCAGCUAAAAGUCGAAACUGGAGUUUCCAUCUGUUAGCCUGCUGCUGCUGCUGCUGUUGGUGCGGUCCCGAUUUGCUGGGUCAACAAGGGGCAGGAAUAUUGACAGUUUGUUUUUUGCCUUCUUUUUGAAGGCAAAAAUUUUAAGGGAAUUCCCUCGGCGGUCGCCUGGAUCGUUGAGCGUAGGAUUUUUACUGUACCCGGAUUGCCUAAGCCGGGGAAUCCCUUUCCCUGAGACGAUCUAUGUGCUCUAUAAAAUUGAAUGAUACGAAGUGAGGAAUUAGUUUUCGAUGGAGAGUUUUGUGCUUAAGGGCGUGGGACAAAGGCUAGGAUAGGAUGAAGGUCGAAUACCAAUGUCCACAGCAGUAUACCGAAUCUAGAAGAGGAACGGCGAAUAAACGAGAAAUAUUUGUAAUAAGCCAUGUGAGAAGAAAUAUAAAGCAAACACCGUUGUAUUAAAGUAUCUGAGAAAUAUGAAAAAACUACUGCAAAAAGUGUACGAAACAAUUCAAGAACUUAGAAUACCAAUAUUUGUAUAAGGGAAAUUGUAUAAGUACUACGAGAACGGGGAAAAAUUCACUAGAAAAAAAUCGUUCAGUAAACAUUCCAAAUAAAA